GGAGAAUAUUGACUGAAGACUAGAGAGUUAUUAUAAAGAGAGCAUGGUAGCUUCUUUCUCCUUCCACCGAUUCCUACGAUUAUAGAGAGCGAAGCAGAGGCCUGAGGGAUGGGGAAUUGCUUGGUUUCACGAGUGAAGUCUCUGAGCCCAUCAAAUACAAGGCCGAGUAGUCCAGGACCUUCAACAUCAAACUUCAGCAACAUGAGCACUAUCAGCACUCUCGGGCGAUCCACAGGCAGUGGCACAGGCAUUGACGAUUUUACCCCCGAGGGUCGGAUCCUUGAUACCCCAAACCUUCGAAAAUUUACCUUUUCUGAAUUGAGGAGCGCCACAAAGAACUUUAAACCCGAAACUGUUCUUGGCGAGGGUGGAUUUGGGAAGGUAUUCAAAGGGUGGGUUGAUGAGAAGACUCUGAAUCCUGCGAAGAGUGGUCUUGGAAUGGUGGUUGCUGUGAAGAAAUUGAACCCUGAGAGCGUGCAAGGGUUGGAGGAGUGGCAGUCUGAAGUUAAUUUUCUUGGAAGGCUAUCACAUCCAAAUCUUGUUAAGCUCUUGGGGUAUUGCUGGGAGGACAGGGACCUGCUCCUUGUUUACGAGUUUAUGGCUAAAGGGAGCUUGGAGAAUCACCUUUUCAGGAGAGGGGGAGCUUUUGAGCCACUCUCAUGGAGCCUAAGGCUGAAGAUUGCCCUUGGAGCAGCCCGAGGCCUCGCAUUCCUUCACAAAUCGGACAGACAAAUCAUCUACCGUGAUUUCAAGGCCUCGAACAUCCUUCUUGAUUCGAAUUAUAAUCCGAAGCUCUCUGACUUUGGUCUGGCAAAGAAUGGACCGACUGGUGAAGAUUCGCAUGUUACUACUAGGGUCGUGGGCACCAAUGGUUAUGCCGCACCAGAGUAUGUAGCUACUGGUCAUCUAUAUGUAAAAAGUGACGUAUAUGGAUUUGGUGUAGUCCUGCUUGAGAUGCUCUCCGGUCAACGGGCCCUCGACACAAACAGGCCAAGCGGGCAGCACAGCUUGGUCGACUGGGUCAAGCCGUUGCUAGCAGACCGCAAAAAACUUGCUCGUCUAAUGGAUCCUCGCCUCGAGGGAAGAUAUCCAUCGAAAGGAGCUCUUCAGGCUUCACAACUCACUCUCAGAUGUCUUGCCAGUGAGCCCAAGAACCGGCCUUCGAUGAAGGAGGUUGUCGAGACUCUUGAACAGAUCGAGGCGAUGAAGAGCAGAGCGAGGCAAUCUCGAGAGUCUGCGUCUCAGCCACCAAGUCGAAGCCGUGCUCGUGGGUUGCCAAUGCCAAGGCAUGGUGCACGGGGUGUGCAUUAUUCCCUGAAAGUGAGAUGAGUAUUAGGACGAACCGGCACAGGUUGAUCAUCAAAGAUUGUGGAGUGAAGUUCAUUUCUGUUGUAUGUAAUUUAGUUUUAGUUUGUGUCGGUGUUGGUGUUGGUAACAAUGUUAUUAUUUUUUAUGGUUAAUUUUACUAAACCCCUAAUAAGUUUGGGCUUUUGGAAAUUGACGGCCAGAGAGUUUGGGAACUCAAAAUACGGACUUACGCUGUUAUAUGAGUUAAGUGAAAAAAAUCAAAAAAAAAUUGGGAGAAUUUAUUGGAGAUUCAGUGAGACUUUCAAAUUUUUUUUUUUGGAUUUAAAGCCCAAACGCCCAAACUUGUGGGGGUUCAGGGGAUUUUACCUUUA